AUGACUGAAGAUUGUGCGGAUCGAGACUGUUUGCGGUGCGGGUCGAAAGGAUGCGUCAAAUGCGCCAAUUUAAUCGUCCACCCGACGCGAGCGUGCGUCUCGGAGUGCCCGUUCGGACACGUGCAAAAGUGGAGCACCACCGUAGACUACGUGGGAAAAGUGUGUCGCCACAACGGGAAUUUCCUGGGAUUGUCCAACAACGCCAUCGCCGUAUUAACCGGCGUACUGACCGGUACAAUCCUCUGCGUCGUACUCCUAACGUGCGCCGUACUGUACAUAAAAUACAGAAGAAAAAAUUUUCCUUCUUUGAGCGAAACGAGCUCGGAAGCUGACGAUACGCCGGAACGGAAGGAUUUCGUCAAACAAUUGGAAACUUUGAGGCCGUACGCGGAGAAUUACUUGGAUAUGUUGAACGACACCAGGAGGCAGAUAAGAGAAUUGCACGUAGAAGGAGACGCGUCCGCUGUAUCGGUGUACAGACCCGUAGUACGAGAUUUAGCGAAGAUCCUCCUGUUACUGAACAGACCCGUCGAUAAAUUGACCGCGCCCGACGAUUGGGAGCACCUCUUCGAUUGGGCUGAAAAGGCCUUGAAGAGGUACAAGAGAAUGAGCGAAACGUCUCAUUUACAAGUAGCGCAGUUGGUCGAUUUUUUGCAGGGACCCGUCAUAACCACCGAUAUGGCUAGAGAUGCGGAUAGUUCGCGUGGUAGUACCACUAUGAGUACCUUCAAGCCGAACCAAGUGUUCGGAUCUAGUUUAAGUUUGCAAGAUAUCGCUAUUAAUAAUUUUACGAGUAAUUAUGACUCUAAAUGUCAUUUACCUUUGAAUCCUCAAUGGAAAUUCGAGUAUUCUUUGGUAAAUAAUGUGCCCACCUCCGAAUUUAACCCCACUUCUUGGAAAAACAGUAAAGAAUAUUUGAAUAAUUCUUUAUUUUUGGAAGACGACUUCUAUCAACUCGGGUUUAGACCACAAGACGAAAUAACGACUGAAUUGUAA